GGCAAAGUUUCGCGGUUCCGUAGUUUAGUUCAUGAAGAGAAAAGGACGAUGUGAUAUCAGCUAAAAUGGUGGGGAUGUCGGCGCGAUGUCUAUGGAAGAGGAAAAUACGCGCACGAGCGACAGACAGAGAAGAUGAAGAGGUGGUGGUAAAGUAUCGUGGUGGGGUUCUCGACGUCGCAGAGUGCUGAGCGACGGCGGCGUCGAUGCGCGCGAGCAAAGGAACUUUAGUGUCGCUCGGACCGCGGUUAUGAAAGGUGGACAGCUACUUAGUCCAUUUUAGUUGUGCAUUUCCGUGAUUUUCUUGUUGACCCGGUUCCGACGCAUUCACAUUUAUCAACUUUUUUCGCAACAAACCAAUCAUUGAUACGAUUUCACACGAUAUGGGAUGAAUGUUUUUGAUUAAAUCAAUUACUUUUGUGGAAUUAUUUGAAAGAGGUUUUUUGAUUGUGAGGUGAAAUGAUGUAUCAAGUGUUAAAAUUGAGGUAGAGAUAUUAUUCAGGUUACCUCAAUAUAUUUUAAUGUUCUGGUGAUCGUUUUAAAUUGUAAAAUGAGCCGUGCCUCUCAGGGCGGCCUGGAGGUGGAGAGAUAUAUUGGUAGUUGUUUAAUAUCAUCAACAGUGAGGCCCAAUAAUAUACAGAAAACUAUUGUGAAAAAAGAGUUACAAUCAAGUCAGCGUAACAAUUCACAUUGUUAUACUCAAAAUAAUUAUUCUACGGGAAAUGAUCAACGUCAGUAUGGAACUUGGACAGGUGCUCCUUUAAUCUCCAUGACGUCUAGUCCACGAAGAAAUAAUCAACGAUCCUCUCCAUCGCCUUGUCAACAGCAGCACUCGCCGGUCGAGUCGCAGCAUCAGCAGACUCACCAGCAGGUUUCCUCACACCUGCAGAGUCGGAGUCCCCUAUCGCGUUUAGCCAUUCAUACUCAGGGUGCUCCUCUUAUUCUAGCCGGCCGCUAUCACAGUCGUGGAAAGAUUUCUAAUUCCAACAUCAUUGCUAGUGCUAAUGUUAACAAUUUUUGUAACGUAAACAAUAAUACAAUGUCCAUUGGACGUUGUGCACCUGUCAGAAAUCAGAAAACAAUAGCUGAAGUUUCAAGAAAAUGUCAGCCACAACAGCAUCAGCAGCAACAACAACAACCACAGCCGCAACAACAACAAAUCAAUCAGAAAAAUGACUGUCAAAAUGCCAAGUUGGAUAGCUCUUCAGGCACCAGCAUAGCAAACAUUGAUUCACUUAGCAUUACAAGUGAUGAAAGCUCCAACAAUUGUGAAAAUAGUUUACCAAGAAUAAUAAAACCAAGAAAACGUAGAAAGAAGGAUCGAAAGCCUACUAAUGUUAUUGCACCGGAAAAUUCAAAACCAGAAGAUCAACCGGUCACGACUAAUUCUGGACUAGCGGAUCAGUCGAGUGUCGUUUCACUAAAGCCAUAUGUGCCGAUUUGCUAUGAAACAAGGUACGAACCACCAGCUCACCGUGCUCAACGGAGGCCACCAGUUUGUAGGGAAAGUUACGGCAGAACUCAAGCACCAAUGCAAGAGAUUGUAGACACGAGGCAGAGGUACGCGCAUAGACACGCGCAAGUGAAAGUGCUCGACGACAACCGGAAUAUAGUACCUGUGCUGGUUCGCACGACAGGUCUUACCAAGGGAUAUCGUAAUCACCACCAUCGUCAUCCGGUUAACAAUGCCAUCAAUCGAGCUAUUCACAAUGAAAAUGGGCCUCGUUACAUUCACAAUUAUGAUACCUGUGAGAAAGUGGAUAUUAUCGAUGAUCCUGGUUCUUGUCAGUGUCGUUAUUGUAAUCCUUCUGGUUUAAUUUGGGAUGUUGAUCAAGAUGGUUAUUCGCCAUUUUUAACACCACCAUCGACUAGUACUGGCAAUGAUUUUGUUCAGAUUUCUCAAAUACCAUUAUUUCUAUCACGAUCAACUCUUGGAUGCCAAGAACACGGUGAAUAUUAUGAUGUUGACGAUCCUUUACGAGGUCAUCAUCAUCACCAUCAUCAUCAUCACCACCAUCAGAUUCCAGUUGGUUCAACACGUCACGAACGGCUUGAAUCUACCGGUGGUGUUCUACUAAGACGUAGCUGGAGUGAUCCAUCAAGUUACUUUAGCGAGCAAAUCAGUACACCAAGUCGAGACGUGGGAGUAAUUGGUGACCGUGGUCAACCUACAGAGAUAGGUAGAGGCCGAAGCUCAUGGCCUGGCAGUCCCUCAUACGUAUCACUUGGUAUCAAUGCAUCUGGUUUAUCAGCUCUAGCUAAUCCAGCAUCCAGUAGUCAAAGUCUUGAAGUUUCUACAGAAAUUGUAACAUCACACAAUGGUCAUCGUGAUUUAGAGAUUAAAUUCUUUUCAUCUUCACCGAGUGCAGUUCAGCCGGAAGAAGAUAAAUCACCAUUUAUUGAUGACAACGAGGACUACAGUGACAUUUGGAGUUAUCACGAGUCAAAAUUGCAGCAGGACUUUCGUACAUUGCUGCAAGCUGAAGAGUGAACAGUCAAAGACUUAAUUAAACUGUAUGUGAUGUGUGUAAGUGUAUUAAGAAUGAAUGAAAAGAUGA